CGGAUGAAUGAGACAUUCAGUAUUAUAUGUACAAGUGUUGAGAUUGCUUCGGUCGAGAGAUUAUCCUACAUAAUGUAGUUCUACCGAAUUUUGCAACAUUGAUUCAUACAAAAUCAUUAGUGCCAUAGCCUUACGUAAAAUUAAAAAAAGAUGCUGUUAUUGUUUGUGUAAUUAUUGGCGGGAAUAAAAAGUUCCAAUGAAUGAAAAGUGAAUUCAAAAAGUGUUGUGUAGGUAGGAAGUUAAAAAUCUUAAAAAAAAAGGUACUUACAUACCUAAUUAAGUAAAUACAAUCUGUGAUCGAUAAGGCGAUCGAUUAUCCUACGUGAAGCCUACGGAGAUCCGACCUUAUUUUGAAUUUCGUGGUGAAGCCAGUAAGACGAGAAAAAGAUUAAAAAACAAAACCUGAAACCAGGCGGUGGUCCAUCUUUAAAAAGUGUUUAAAAAAAAAGAAAUAAUUUGUUUUUAAAAAUGAUUAAAAUUUUAGGAAGUCCUCUUUUGCGGCAGUAUGCAGUUGUAAUCAUAGCCAACCUGAGCGCACUAUGCACUGGAUUUGGUCUCGGCUGGUCAUCCCCAGUUCUCGUGAAGUUGACCAACGGGACAGACACCGUUCUCCAGGGACCCAUCACAGUGGACCAAGGGUCUUGGCUGGUAUCCGUAUCUUUUCUAUCUGGAAUACCAGGAAUUUUCCUGACUGGGUACCUCCUAGAUGCGGUUGGUAGAAAGUACUGCUUGAUCUUGUCAUGUGUCCCGCGAAUACCCAUGGCCCUCAUGUACCUGCUCGCCAGGACCUACUGGGUGAUCCUCGCCGGCAGGAUCCUCUCUGGAGUCCUGGACGCCCUCGCUUACACUACGGUCGCCACUUACGCGUCGGAGAUGGCUAGUAAAGAAGUCCGUGGCUCCCUCGGGGCCUUACUCCAAAUUAAUUCUUCAAUCGGCGUACUUAUUGCCCUCGGUGUGGGUCCAUUUGUAUCUUACUGGACCUUGAACCUCAUCUUGCUAUGUGUGGUGACCGGUAGCAGCAUACCUAUACUGUUUCUACCUGACAGUCCCUACUUUCUAUUUUCUAAAGGAAAAACUGAGGAUGCUCGAAAAAUACUUCUAAAACUACGAGGAUCAGAUAUACUAGCACACGAAGAAAUAAAGGAAUACCAAGCUGUCUCUCAAGACGAAGGGAAAGAACUCGUUGCUACAACGGAGCUAUUAAAAAACAAAGUAUUCCUUAAAGGAGCUUUGAUCGCUGUUGUCGUUGGAUUUUGCUCGCAAGCAAAUGGCUAUCCAGCUGUGGCUUAUUAUCUUCAAACUGUUCUGGAAGCAACCAAUACUAGUCUGAGGCCAGAGAUAUCUUCAUUAAUUGUGGGUAGUAUUCAACUGAUGGCCAGUUUUUGCACAACUUUCGUCACUGACAGAUUUGGAAGGAAGGCUAUUUUGAUCGGCACCACUUCUGGGGUCACUCUGGGUUUGGUUGGCUUGGGGACAUUCUUCGAAGUGACGGAGCAUCACGAUGAAGUUACCGGUUUCAUGAACUAUCUCCCUCUUGUGUCGAUUAUAUUAAUUGUGUUCUGCUAUAGUUCUGGUAUAGCAUCAAUACUCUGGGUGUUAGUAUCAGAAGUAUUUGAAGGAAGAACCCGAGCAACGGGCACGUCUUUCGCGAUUCUGGUAGCAACUUCUGCCGGCUUCUUAAUUACCAAAUCCACGCCCUUCUUAACAGGCAGCAUUGGAUACGCAAUGACUUAUUGGGGAUUUGGCGUCAUCUGCAUUUUGUUCUGCCUGUUUACUGCCUUUGUCAUUCCCGAGACCAAAGGCAGGUCCUUCGCAGAAAUCCAAGAAAUAUUGGGAAAGUGAUGUUGGGAAAAGGAACAAUUUAUAGUGAAAUAAAAAUAGUGAUUAGUUAUAAUGAUAGAUAUUCGUUUAUUUAUAAGAAAA